AUGCGUUUUUUUUUGGUGUUUUGUUCUGAUAGCAUUUAUUACGAGCAGGCCCAGUAUGUAUGUGCUGAGUUGGCAGCCAGUGGAUGUCGCUUGUCGUAUUGCGUAGAUCCCGAUGGAGGAAAAAGUAGUCCAUACGUGAGCACCGCGGAUAUUCCGUCUCACCUAGUUGACACAAUCAACGGCAUGACUAACGGACAUGUUAUUAUCAGCGCUCGAGAUGUAUGGGCGUUCUUGAAUGACGCUCUGAAGAGGUAUCGUGACUGUUCUUUGUGGCCUGAACAGAGUGGAGGAGAGGAGGAGAUGUUCGGGAAAGCUGUUCCCAAUGAAACUGGAGAACCUCCAGCUCCCUUAUUUAAAGUUGAAGUGGAUGCUGAUGAACAGCCAUUGGUUAAGAUCGAACCAGGCUCUGCGAAAGGACCUAUGAUCAAAGCCGAACCGAUUUCUGGUGGAGAUAUAAGCAUGGCUGAAGAACGCGUAGAACCUUUGAUCAAAGCCGAACCGAUUUCUGGAGGAGAUAUAAGCGUGGCUGAAGAACGUGUAGAACCUUUGAUCAAAGCCGAACCGAUUUCUGGAGGAGAUAUCAGCAUGGCUGAAGAACGUGUAGAAUGCGGCGACGAGCACUCUGUUCUGAGAGCGGAGGUUCUAUAA